ACUAUUCUCCCCUCAUAUUUUUGGCACGUAAAACAUUAUUCCAAAGGAAAACAAAUGGAGUCGAGUGACACAACUGCGAUCACCAUAACUUCACCGAUAUCUUCUCGCUCCGUCUCGCCGUCAUCGGCUUCCCCUCCUAAUUCUCCGCCUCCGCCGCAAGUAGUGAUCGUCAGCCCUUGUGCCGCCUGUAAAAUCUUGCGGCGGAGGUGCGCCGAUAAAUGUGUGUUGGCUCCUUAUUUUCCUCCCAAUGAUCCCAUCAAGUUCACUACUGCACAUCGCGUCUUUGGUGCCAGCAAUAUUAUCAAGUUCUUGCAGGAACUGCCGGAAUUUCAAAGAGCAGAUGCAGUGAGCAGUAUGGUAUAUGAAGCCAAUGCAAGACUGAGGGAUCCUGUCUAUGGCUGUGCAGGAGCAAUUUGUCAUCUACAAAAGCAAGUGAAUGAGCUCCAAGUACAAUUGGCUAAGGCACAAGCUGAGAUUGUCAACAUGCAAUGUGAACAAGCUAACCUUAUGGCCCUUAUUUGCAUGGAAAUAACACAAUCUCCACAAGCAUCACCACAACAUUAUUCUUUGGGCAAUCUCACUAAUAUAACAUAUGGUAGUUCACAAAGCAACAUGACGUUCCUUGAUGAUAACAGUUUUGGAUCUUUUUCGGAGACUCUUUGGACAUGAUUAAUGAAACACCAUCACAAGUACGACCGGCCUAUAUAUAUGUAUUUUAACGCAAAUCGUGUCGUCAGAGCGGAGCCUGGAAGAAGACAUGUUUAUCACUAGCUAGUUGAGGAUUUUCGCCAAGUUAAAGUUAAGGGAACAGUGAAAAUUUUUACCUAAAUAAAGUUGAUGUACCUUAUUUUAGUGGGAACGAAAUCAUAUAAUAUGAAUUAGAUCUUGAAAGAUUUGAGUCUAAGAUAAUUUUUCUUUAUUUUCUAAUGGAUAUGAAUUAUGAUAAAGCAAAUGAA